AUGUACAACAGAUGUAUAUCUAUAAAUACGUAUCAGUUAGCCCUUUCCCCAGCCAGGCUUCGUGUUCGCCGUAUGCUACGCUCUACUAAACCAAAUUCUUUUCAAACGAAUCUCGCCUAUGAGUCUCCGUUUGUCGACCACCCUCAGCUAGCUCACGAUGUUGCGGCUCUCCGCGACCGAAGUCUUGAACGCCGCCAAACAAUCGAUGCCAGUGGGUUCAAGGAUGAUCACUACGCAACAUUCUAUGGAGGUGAUUUCAGUAACAGUCCCUUUAUCUGGGGAGGUGGUGUCAAUUUCACGCACUCGGUCGCGAGUGGUGACCCCUUCGCUGACUCUGUUCUCCUAUGGACCCGCGCUGUGCCAAUCUCGUCUUCGGGCUCCCUUCCCGAUCAGGAUAUUCCCAUCUGUCUCUCAUACAAGAUAUCAACAAGCAAAACGCUUUCCGAAAAUGUAAUCGACAGCGGCGAGGCGUUCACGAGCUAUGACGUUGACUGGACGAUUAAAGUGGAAGCGACCGGCUUGCAUGCCGAUACGAAAUACAUUUACCAAUUUAGCGAUUGCGCCACAAAAGCCUUGAGCCCGAUCGGAUCUACCAGGACAAUUGCCAGUCCCGAUACGCCGGCGCGUUUCGUCAAUGGAGGAAGAGCCCUGGUCCUUGCGAUCUUUUCGUGCUCUCAGUACCAAGCUGGCUGGUUCAACGCGUAUGGAUACGCCACGUACAAUACUUCCGCCGACAUUUUCGUUCACCUAGGUGACUACAUUUACGAAUCCUUGGGAAAUGGUGCGAGAAUCGGGAGGCAGACCCUCGGUCGUGAGCUGGCUACCAUACGCGACUAUCGCCAACGACUCAACCAGUAUCGCACUGAUCCGAGCCUUGUGGCAGCUCAUCAAGCUGCGCCGUGGGUUACAGUCUGGAUGAUCAUGAGGUUGCGGAUAACGCUUGGAAGGCAGGAACUGCUGAUUCUAACGAUACUGCCUCCGGAUGCUCUUUCUCCCCUUCAGGCGCCUGUUUCACAGACCGUAAAUUGGCGGCCGUGCGCGCGUACCACGAAUGGAUGCCCAUUCGCCAAGUGGAUGCCCAGGACAAACUCCGAAUCUGGAGAAAUUUCCAGAUCGGCAAGCUCCUCGAUCCGACGAUGCUGGACACGCGACAAUAUGACAGAGAUCUCACCGAUGUUUACUACAACACAGGCUGGUCGCUCUCUGACUGACGGAUACGUUUCAGAAUAUAUAAACACCAUUGCCGCGUUUGAGAACCGCUCUUUGAUGGGCGCUGCCCAGGAGAAAUGGUUAUACAACACACUGUCUCAGUCGAAGGCAAGAGGAGCCGUGUGGCGAGUAAUUGGCCAGCAGAUUGUCUUUACUCAGCUAAACGAGAGCGGUGAAUUUGACUUAGACGCAUGGGAUGGUUACCGUGCUAACCGGGCACGGGUUCUCAACCACCUUUACGACAACGAGAUUAGCAACACGAUAAUUUUGGCUGGAGAUAGCCAUGCAAACUGGGUUUCCGAUCUUGCACAUCCCAACGAUACAACGACCUAUAAUCCACUAACUGGAGCGGGUGCGAUUGGGGUCGAAUUCGCGGGCACAGCAGUAACCUCAGGCUCUGCAUUUGGGUCUGGAAUCGCCCCCGCUGCGGCCAAUCAAAUUUCACGCGUCCUUGUGGGCGCCAACGCUGACCUUCAGUGGAGCGAAGGAUCUUACCGAGGAUUUUUUACACUAACAAUCGACCUGCAACAUAUAAAUGCAACGUACUAUGCAAUGCGCAACAACACUUUCACUAACCUUGAUGGAUUCGCCAGUGCCCACUUCGUUGUCAAAGCUGGUGAAAACAGACUAUCGCGCCCAGUCGGUGGAGGAUCAGUGAAUGCAGGGGUUCUGAAAUCCCAGACUACUGCAGGAAUGAAGUAG